AUGGAAAGGGUAGGUCCACUCAAGGACAAAGGAGGAAAUUUACGCAUCGAGCUUAAGGAAUUUGCUGAGCUGCUCAAUGAGUACUUAGAUUUGGUGUUCACCAAGGAGACAGAAAUCGAUGAUCGCAAAAUAGAGUGUUAUUUUGAUAUUCGUUCGUACAUCCAUACUAAGAAGGGAGAUAUAGACUUUAAACAAUGGGAUUAUAUUUUGGGAAAAUGUAGAUUGCUAUCAUUAGCAGAUAUCAUUGUCACUGGAAAAACCAAUUUGGUGGCGAUCGUAAUUCUAUCCCGGGGAAAAUGUGGACUCUCUCGAUGUGUUACUUACUACCUGGUGGCAAUAGCAGUGAGCGAUUUCCUCGUGAUUAUCACCGGGUGCAUUCUCAACCGAAUCAGUCGCAUCUAUUUUACCUACAGUGCAUUGUCCACAACCACCGGUUGUGCACUGAGCGCCGUGCUGGUCUACUUUAGCCGGGAUGGCUCAGUAUGGCUGACAGUGUCCUUCACCAUUGACCGUUUCGUGUCCAUCUGCUGCCAAAACCUGAAGAACAGAUACUGCACCAAGAAAACGGCGUCGCUGGUCAUAGGCAUUGUCUGUCUCCUGAAUGCUAUCAAGAACGUCCCUUUUUACUUUUCUUACAACCCCUUGUACACACUGGAUGGUGUGCCCUGGUUUUGUGAAAUCAAGUCUACAUAUUAUACCUCACUCGCUUGGCGGGCCUACGACUGGCUGGACCACAUUUUAAUGCCAUUUCUCCCAUUCUUCCUCAUUCUAUUACUCAACGUCCUGACCGUCCACCACAUCUUGACAGUCAGCCAAGCCCGUAGGAGACUCCAGGGCAAUAAGCAUCGCAGUGACCCGGAGUUGGCCAGCCGCAAGAAGUCCAUUGUUCUGCUGUUCACCAUCUCUCUCAGCUUCCUCCUCCUAUGGGUCAUCCAAGUUGUACAUUUCCUUUACGUGCAUAUUCCAGGAAAGGCCUACUUCUCUGGUUUGGAUUUUAAUGACCCUGAUUACCUCCUUCAAGAGGCGACCAACAUGCUCCAGAUAAUCAAUUCCUGCAACAAUGUCUUCAUCUACGCAGUGGCGCAGAAAAGGUUCCGAGGGGAAUUGAAGAAGCUGCUGAUGUGCCCCAUAGCAACUGUCACCAGUUGCUAUAAAGAAUGA